GUGGGGGUCUGCAGGAGGGGAAGGAGGCAGGAUCAGGGACACGGCAGGCAGCAGACAUGGACUUGCAUUGCGAUUGUGCCGAGACUCCAGCAGUCGAGCCACCAUCCGGGAAGAUUAAUAAAACUGCUUUCAAAUUAUUUAAGAGGAGGAAAUCUGGGGGCACCAUGCCCAGCAUAUUUGGGGUGAAAAACAAAGGCGGGGAUGGGAAAGGCUCGAGUAAAGCUGGGAUGGUGAGGAGCAAGACUCACGAUGGAUUAGCUGAUGUUGUGCUGGAAAGCAGCAAGAAGGAAGAAUCGAGCGGCGGAGGUGGCGGUGGUGUUGAUCAGCUGAACAGGGAUAUAAACACCAGGGCUGUAGCCGGCCUCAAUGUUUCAUCAAACAGCUCCGUGGCUAAGUCACACAGUUUCUUCUCUCUGUUGAAGAAGAAUGGGAAAUCAGAAAAUGGCAAGGGAGAGAAUGCAGAUCAGAGGGCGGGCAGCAGACAAAAGAAAGGAUUGAAAGGGAUCUUCAGCAGUAUGCGAUGGCAUAGAAAGGAUAAAAAUGGCAAGGAGGAAAGGGGGGAAACAUCAGAAAUUCAAUCCAGCCUUAUUAUGUCAGGUUCUCUGACUGCCAGCUUGGAAUGCAUCAAAGAAGAGGCACCAAAACCUUUGUCUGAGCCUCAAUAUGCCACAGAAGAAAUUAACAUUGAAUUGUCUAGUGAUAAACACAGUGGAGAUGUGCAUGCCACGGCAGAGGAGCCUGAAGUUAGAGAUGCUGGGGAAAUGCAGAACAACAAAAGCAUACAAGGAGAGGAUCCUGCUGCCGCUGGAAACCAACAUGAGGAGAACCACCCUGAGCUGCCAGAUCCGUGUGUGGAAGAGGUUGGGACUGCGAAGGAUACGGCUAUAACAGGUGACAUUCCAAUAAAGACUAUUCCCCUUGUUGAACCUGAAUGUCUUAGUGGUCAAGAGAUGGCAGCAGCCCCUGACCCUUCCUCUAUUGAUCCACCCUCAGAGCAAUCGAUAGAUCGUAUUUGUUUGAUGUUUGCUGACGUGACUUCACUGAAAAGCUUUGACUCUCUUACAGGCUGUGGAGAUAUUAUUGCAGACCAGGAGGAUGAAGUGGGCAGCAGCAGUGGCGGCUGUGAGAAGAGCACCCCAGGGGCCAGCAAGCCAGGCACUUCUAAAAAGAACCCAAACAUGGUGGCCUACCAGGGAGGAGGAGAGGAGAUGGCAAGCCCAGACCAAGUGGAUGACACCUACCUUCAGGAGUUCUGGGAUAUGUUAUCACAAACAGAGGAGCAAGUCCAAGAGACACAGGGAGGAGAAGGAGGAGGGACAAAACCACCUGAGAUAAAAAAAGAGACCAAGUGUGUUGAGGGGGCACAGGAUGGUUCAAUGGUGAAACGCAUUGGUCUCAACCAGAUUCCGAUUCAUCUCAACCACAAAGAGGAUAAGAAGAACAGGGAAUAUGAGCAGCCAGAGGGCAUCCCAAACAGUGAUGAGGGCUACUGGGAUUCCACUACUCCUGGUCCUGAGGAAGAUAGCAGCAAUAGUGUCCAGAAAGAGAGCAUCCCCAGGGACAGCUACAGUGGUGAUGCCCUCUAUGAUCUUUAUGCUGAUACAGAUGAAAACAUCACAGGGGUGCCUUCUGAUGAAGAAGUCACCUGUGUAUCACGCUCCAAACCUGUGUCUCCAGUAACAACCACAUGCUCACUUAAAACACCUGCAGGUUCAGUCAAGGACUCCAAGAUACCGAUCAGCAUUAAACAUCUUACAUCGCUUCCCACCAGCCAUGGAACAGAUGCCAGUAACAGCCAUCACAUUGCACACCAUCACCCAACCAAAAGUGAGAUUCCCAGAACCAAAAUCCCUGUUUCUAAAGUACUUGUACGCCGGGUCAGUAAUAGGGGUUUAGCGGGAACGAUGGUUAAAGCCACCACAUUCCAGGACAAUGCCAAAAAGUAG